UGUGGCAAUUUUACAUGAUGUGUCACGUAGGGAAAUCAGCUUAUGUGGACAGUUCAGAAAGAGAAAUUAAAGUCAGUGGUAAAUUGAAGAAGCGAAAUUAGGGUUCGUGGAAGAGGCGAAAAUCUGGUGCAAAGAGGAAAGUUAUAUAUAUAUUCGAGGAAGAAUUUGGGGAUUAGUAUUGAACAAAUUAGGGUUCGAGGAGGAAGCGAAAAUCAUUGAAUCAAUGUAUUAGGGUUCGCGGUCUCCUUCGGUGCGACAAAGGUUCGUCGCUGUGUUCGUAGUGGGACGAAAUCGAAGGUUUGGGAUGUGUGACGAUAGAUUUGAGGUGGUGGUCCACCAUGGGGGAUACUUUGAAAGGAAUGAAGGUAGGUGGAGUUAUAGUAAUGGGUUAACGUCCACGUUGGCGUGUGACCCAGAUAGGUGGAGCUUUUUUGAAAUAAUGGGAAUACUUAGGGAAAUGGGUUAUGUAAACAUUAAAGAUUUGUGGUAUAAUGUUAGUAGCUCAGAGGUAUUGGAGAACAACUUGAAAAUUUUGAAUGAUGACAUGGGUGCAAUGCAAAUGGUUAGAAUUGCUAGAAGGAAUGGGCAGGUUCAUAUGUAUGUUAAUCACUCAAUUUGUGAAGCUGAAAUGCAACAGGAUAUGGAAUAUGAAUUGGAAGAUGACGCAGAUAGUCACCAUAACAUUAGGGUGGAGCCACAAACUGAAUUUGAGGAAACUGGAGUUGAUGUAGUAGUUGAAGGUGAUGAAACUGGAGCUGAUGGACUAGGUGUAGAUAAGGAAACGGGAGUUGAUGCAGAAGUUGAAGGUGAUGAAGCUGGAGAUGAUGGAGUAGGUGUAGAUAAGGAAACUGGAGUUGGUGCAGAAGGUGAUGAAGCUGGAGGUGAUGGAGUAGGUGUAAAUAACGAAACUGGAGUUGGUGCAGAAGGUGAUGAAGCUGGAGGUGAUGGAGUAGGUGUAAAUAACGAAACUGGAGUUGGUGCAGAAGGUGAUGAAGCUGGAGGUGAUGGAGUAGGUGAAGGUGAUGAAGCUGAAGGUGAUGAAGAUGAAACUGGAUCUGAUCUAGUUGAUGUUAGUGUCCAUUAUGAGGACAAUUUAUGGGAAGGAAAUGGGGAAGAAGAUAGUGAGGAUGAUGAUUUAGAAUUUGAUUGCAGUGACCAUGUUGAUAUGCGAGAUAGGGGGUUAUUUGAUGAUGGGUGGGAAUCAGAUGAAAUGUACAGCGAUGAUCCAAGCAGUGAUGACUCAUUGGCAAGUCGCACCCAAUAAGGCAAACUUUGGGACCUUUAAAAUGCCCAAAAGUAUGGCCCAAUACCAGUGGGAAGUUGGAACAUAUUUUCCAGAUAAAGAGGCAUUUAUAGAGGCAAUAAGGACAUAUGGAGUGCAAUCUGGAAGAAGGCUUAAACUUCAAAAAAAUGAUAAACGUAGAUGUAGAGUGAUAUGUUUGGGUGGGAAAGGGAAGUGUUCUUGGUUUGCAUAUUGUGCUUAUAUGGCUGAAACACACAUAUGGCAGUUAAGGAGAAUUAAUGACAAGCACAAGUGCAGCAGAGAAUUCAAUGUGAAAAUGCUUAAUGCUAAGUGGUUAAGUGGUAGGUUGGAAAACACAUUAAGAGACAACCCAAGUUUGAGGGCCAUUGAUAUUCGCAAUAAAGUUACUAGGAA